CCUAUUGGUUGAUAGGAAUUUAGUUAGUUAAAUGAAUGUUAGUAGUUAAUUAGUUGUUAAAGGGUAAAUGGGGUAUUAUGAACAUAUAAUUAUUAUUAAUAGUUAAUAGAAAAAUAAGAAUUAAAACCCUAAUUCAUUUUCACCGUAACCCUCUUCCAAAAAUGAUGAACGUUGAUUCCUCCCCGGCCGGCGGCAACCGCUCAACCCUCUCUCUCUUCGCGAAAUGUUCCAGGAUACGACGCCGCCGAGAAAGAAAGCUACGGCAGCAGCGCCAUCCCGCCAUACAAACCUCCACCAUCCCUCUGUGAUCGGCGAGAACUUCAUCGCAGCAGCCGCCGUCCAAUCCAACUCAGUCGCAGUCCCGAACCCAAGCCAGCCACUAGUAUUUUUCAUCUUUUCCAUCAACUUCGCGUCGUCUCGCUGUAAUGUUUCCCCUGCCAGGCUGUCACCGCACUCUCCAUCGCCAUGGAAAGUCGUCUCACUCACGAUUCAAACUCGUCGGUUGAGUUUUCGCUUCACCAUCGACGAGGAACUUCCUACAAGGUUAAUAAUCAUUAAAAAAUGACAGAAAAUUAUUAAUAAUGAUAUCAUAAAAUAUUGAAUGUUAUUUUGACAACAAUAAUAAUGCUGUCGUUAAUAAUACCAUGUGUUAGUGUUGAUAAUGAUAUAAUAAAUGGAAAAACUUUAUCCAAAAACGUUGAUAAUACCUUGGGGUGAUGUUACUCGUCAAUGUAAAAUAUAAUUAUUUGAUAAGAUAAUUAUUCAUACAGUGAUAAGGUAAAUCAUUGACAAUCCUAUUCCAAACUUUAACAAAGUCAUACUAAACAUUGAUAAUGAUUUUUAAAAUGUGAAUAUUAAAGAUUGUGCAUAACAUUGAUAAUUCCUUCAUAAAAAUAGAUAACGGUAACAAAACCGAUAAUAUAAUUUCUCAAUACGUUGAUAAACUUGACUUUGAAAUGCGAAAAUGUUGAUAAUGAUUAUUGCUAUUAUUGAUAAUUACCUUCAGAUCACAAUAAUUUUGCAUAUAAUUGAUAAUAUCUUGCAUCCAAGUUGAUAACGACAUUUUAUAUCGUUAAUAAUAUUAUGCAUCAACGUUGAUAAAGAUACAAUAAAUGGAUAAAAGUUGGUCCAAAAAUGUUGAUAAUAGCUUGGAGUGACAAUACUAAUCAUUAAUGUAAUACAUAAUUAUUUUAUAAUAGUUAUUAAUUAAUAUUGGUACGGUAAAUCAUUGACAAUCCUAUUCCAAACCUUAACAAUGCCAUAUUAAAAAUUAAUAAUGAUUUUCAAAACAUGAAUAAUGAUGGUGCACAACUUUGAUAAUUUCUUCAGAUAACGGUAACAAAACCGAUAAUAUGCUUUCUCAAUACGUUAAUAAACUUGACUUGAAGAUGUGAACAAGUUAAUAAUGGUUCUUGCUAUUAUUGAUAAUUACCUUCAAAUGAAUAAUAAUAAUUUUUCAUAUCAUUGAUAAUAUCUUGCAUCCGAGUUGAUAAUGAUAUUAUUACUUGAGAAUGGUAGAUGAACACUAAAAUUGAUUCACAAUCAUAUAUAAAGACACUAAAAUUGUUGCGAAUAAGUACAUAAUCAUUAAUAUUUUUAAUAAUUUCUCCCCUUUUCUGCCUGCUUCUCUUGCUUGUCUGCCUUAGAGGAACAUGUCUAGGCGUUGUGUUCUUUGUGCUCGUCAUAUGGUUCAGAACUACAUACGCAUAGAAUCAAGAAAAACAAUGUUACAAAUUAAGUAUAACAUAAUUGAUAACAAUGACUUUAAUUGUUAAAAAUUAACAUCAUUUUUAUUAAUAAUGAAAUCAGAUGGUGAUGAACUGAUGAUGUACUAGAAACGGCAUCCCAUGAAAAAAAAAACUACAAACGCGCAUAAUCAAGAAAAACAAUGUUAUUAAUGAAAACACCACCGCCAAUUUGACUAUAACAUUAUAUUAUUGAUAACGAUGACGAUAAUUGUUAAAAAUUUACAUCUUUCUAUUAAUAAUAAUGAAAUUAGAAGGUGAUGGUGUAGAAAAACGGUAUCCCGCCAAACGAAAAACAUUAAUAAAUACGACACAACAAAAUGAUAAUAAUUACAACUAAAACACUUUUGAAAGUGAUCCAAAAAUAAUAAUAACAAACGUUGCAAUAAUAGGAAAUCAUUCAACAAAAACUUAAUAACCAAAACUUAAUUACACAUUAAUAAUUAGAAUGUUUAUCAUACUUUAUAUUACGCAUAUAUUACAAUUAUUAACAUCAUUAAUAAAUCAAAGUGAAAACAUUGCUAACUACGGUUAUUUUUGUUAAUAAACCCUACUUCGGUCAACAUUAUAUUAAUCGACGAAGCAAAUACAACUUUUAACAUCGG